ACAUACUCCGCGAGCGCAGAGUCGUCUCCGCCGCCGGUGCUCCAACCAAGCUCGACCAGCUUCGGCUGCACGACUUCGUUCAAAGCAUCGGCCAACGGCGUAUUCAGCGCUACAGAGACACUCAUGGCGACGGAGCUGUUUUCAGAGCUUUUUUGAUAGAGGGCGUUUUCAGGUGGCAAUCUUAUAUUUCGCGCAGUGUCUACAAGCCGUCAACGCGAGUUGAAAGAUAGUCGUAUUCCGCAGUCCAGGGACAACUGUCUUCCUUGAAUAUCACGGUCCAAGUGCUCUUAUUUCACCCCGGCAAGACCUCCGUGGCUCUUGAACUUCACUCUCUGGCUUUGUACGGCCGUUUUUCUCCCGCUCGAAUCAAAAGAACCUGAUGCCAAGACUUUACUUAGUCAUAAAGGAUUAGUAAUGAUAAUCACGUGAAUGGGUAUCCAAAUAGGCAGUUUGUGACAUCUCGAAUCUUUUCUUCUCUUGGACGUUCAAGAAAUGACAGAAUAGCAGACAAACAGGCGAACCGGACGACGAGGACCCCUCCUUGGGCAACUGGUUGCUAUAGACACUGCCGGAGGUCUGCUCUGGUGAGACAAUACUGGAUGGGCUAUUCUAGCAUGCACCCGUUUAAGCCGCUCUUGCAUAACUAGUUAAGGUCUUACAUUGUUAAAGAGUUGGCGACACUUAUAUUCACUUCGCCCCUCCAUUACUCCGCCAAGCACUGAUAUACAUACCCGUUCAUACACACUUGGAUCUUCAAACUCUCUUUUAAGUCUUCCUCCUGAAAUAUGUGGUGGAUCUGGGUUGCUGGAAUCCUCGGCUUGUUUGGCCGUGUAGAAGCGCUAUGGCCACAACCCAGUGAAUACUCGCACGGGAAUAAAACCCUAUGGCUGUCUCCAUCCGUCCGGUUUACCUACAUUAACAAUCAUCGGUCUUUUAUAGAUACGCGGCCUAGUUAUGCAGGCAUCAACUGGAUACCCGGAGGUUGGCUAAACUUGCUGCAGUAUCCUUGGGGUAGCGCAGAACAUACAGUUACAGAACCACUCCCCAGUGUCGAGAAAUUUGUUGAAGAUGCUAUAAAACGUACCAAGGAUGCUAUUAUUAAUAGCAAGUUUGUCCCUUGGAAGUUUUAUCCGCGUCAUCAAAAGUUUGAACCCUUGGUAAAUAGCCAACAUCCGACUAUCGAGAAGGUUAUAAUAAAUGAGACGUCAAAAACGAGUCAAGAAUGGUCCCCUCGCAACUACGUAAAUGGGGAUGAAAAGUACGAAAUUAGGAUCUCGGAAGAUGGAGAGGUGCAGAUCUCUUCGAGGUCACCUAUUGGCACUAUUCGUGCUCUCCAGACAUUCCAGCAGCUGUUUUACUCCCACACUCAUUUAAAUUCAUAUACACCUUUCGCUCCAAUUUCCAUAUUGGAUUCUCCCAAAUGGCGACAUCGUGGGCUGAACCUUGACAUAUCUAGAAACGUGAUUCGACCCGAAGAGGUCAAGCGUACCAUUGAUGCAAUGGCAUCUGUAAAGCUGAACCGGCUGCAUGUCCACGCUGCUGACUCACAAUCCUGGCCAUUAGAUAUUCCCUCAAUCCCAGAACUAGCAGCCAAAGCCUCGUACCAUCCGAGUCAGGUAUGGUCGUCUUCAGAAUUGGAGGCGGUGCAACUAUAUGGACUAGAACGCGGGGUCUCGGUAUUUCUCGAGAUUGAUUUGCCCGGCCAUACUGCUGCCGUUGGCCAUGCAUUCCCCGAUUUAGUUGCAGCCUACCAUAUGGAUCAGUGGGAGGCAUAUGCCGCGGAACCUCCAAGUGGUCAACUUAAACUGAACUCUUCUUCCGUAUACCAGUUUCUUGAUCGGCUGAUGGCAGAUUUAAUCCCACGUGUCUCCCCGUUAACAGAGUACUUCCACACUGGAGGAGAUGAAUUCAACCUCAACACCUACCUUUUGGAACUUAACCUAGGUUCGAACGAUCGACCAGUCCUUAUACCCUUUCUCGACAGAAUGAUCACACAUGUUCACAGCUCUCUUCGAGGUUCUGGAAUUACUCCGAUUGUAUGGGAAGAGUUGGUCCUUGAUUGGGAUCUCAACCUGCCUUCCCACAAAACAGCGGGUGAAAUUGGAGGGGUCAUCGUGCAGGCAUGGCGUAACUCAUCAGCAGUGAAACAUGUCCUCCAAAAAGGGUAUCAGACGAUAUUUGGCACUGGAGAUGCUUGGUAUCUUGACUGUGGGGUAGGAACUUUCCUAAACCCUCGCCCAGGUUCCAAGACUGUCCAGGAUCCGUAUCUAGACUGGUGUGCACCGACGAAAAACUGGAAACACAUGUAUAUAUACAACCCUCUAAACGGUAUACCGGUUGAGUUACAGUCCCUUCUGGUUGGAGGUGAAACGCAUAUGUGGUCGGAGCUGGUUGAUCCAGUCAACAUGGACCAAAUGAUCUGGCCCCGGGCCGCCGCCGCCGCAGAAGUCCUUUGGACAGGGCCGAGAUCGCCGGAUAAUAUCCAGGACGCCUCAUAUCGAUUAGCAGAGUGGAGAGAGCGAAUAGUGAUUGAUGCAGGAAUCCGUGCUGCUAUGGUCCAAAUGACGUAUUGUCUCAUGCGGGAAAGCGGGUGCGAGCUCUAA